CCCCCGCCGACCCCCCCGGCCCACUCCCCGGAACCGGCGGCGGAGCUGCGGCCGGCCGGCAGUGGAACGGCGACGGCGCCACGGAGCCGCCGGCAUGAGCGCCCUCGGCCGCCCCGCCUCCCCGGCCCGGCUUUUCUGACGAGAGGUGUGAAAGGAUUGCUGUUUUAUCGCAAUCAUGGUGCAAAAAUACCAGUCACCAGUGAGGGUGUAUAAACACCCCUUUGAACUAAUUAUGGCUGCCUAUGAAAGGAGGUUCCCUACGUGUCCUUUGAUUCCAAUGUUUGUGGACAGUGACACUGUGAAUGAAUUCAGGAGUGAAGAUGGGGCCAUUCACGUUAUAGAAAGGCGCUGCAAGCUGGAUAUAGAUGCUCCUCGGCUGCUAAAAAAGAUUGCAGGAGUUGAUUACGUUUAUUUUAUCCAGAAAAACUCACUGAACUCCCGGGAACGUACUUUGCACAUUGAGGCCCAUAACGAAACGUUUUCUAACCGGGUCAUCAUUAACGAGCACUGUUGCUACAGCGUUCACCCUGAAAAUGAAGACUGGACCUGUUUUGAACAGUCAGCAAGUUUAGAUAUUAAAUCUUUCUUUGGUUUUGAAAGUACAGUAGAAAAAAUUGCAAUGAAACAAUAUACCAGCAACAUUAAAAAAGGCAAGGAAAUCAUCGAGUACUACCUUCGCCAGUUAGAGGAAGAAGGCGUCACGUUCGUGCCCCGCUGGACUCCACCUGCCGCCGCCCCCUCUUUGGAGACGUCCUUGUCCUGCAAGAAACCAGCAGCGUCCCUGACCGUCGUCGUGCCUGACCCCACGCUCAAGGAAGGGCUGAGCAGUGAGCCCCUCAGCACCCCGAGCGGGGCACCCGAGCCCACCGCAGGGACCCCGGACGACAAACUAGACGCAGACUACAUCAAGAGAUACCUGGGUGACCUGACCCCACUGCAGGAGAGCUGCCUGAUCCGGCUUCGCCAGUGGCUCCAGGAGACCCACAAGGGCAAAAUCCCGAAAGAUGAGCAUAUUCUCCGGUUCUUACGCGCCCGGGACUUCAACAUCGACAAGGCCAGAGAGACCAUGUGUCAGUCUCUGACUUGGCGCAAGCAGCACCAGGUGGACUACAUCCUCGACACCUGGCACCCCCCCCAAGUCCUGCAGGACUACUACGCAGGCGGCUGGCACCAUCACGACAAAGACGGCCGGCCCCUCUACGUGCUCCGGCUGGGGCAGAUGGACACCAAAGGCCUGGUGAGGGCCCUCGGCGAGGAGGCCCUGCUGAGAUACGUUCUUUCCAUCAACGAAGAAGGCCUGCGGCGGUGUGAAGAGAACACGAAGGUCUUCGGCCGGCCUAUCAGCUCCUGGACCUGCCUGGUGGACCUGGAGGGGCUGAACAUGCGGCACCUGUGGAGGCCGGGCGUGAAGGCCCUGCUGCGCAUCAUCGAGGUGGUGGAGGCCAACUACCCCGAGACGCUGGGCCGCCUGCUGAUCCUGCGCGCCCCUCGCGUAUUCCCCGUGCUCUGGACGCUGGUUAGUCCAUUCAUUGAUGACAACACCAGAAGGAAAUUCCUGAUUUAUGCAGGAAAUGACUACCAGGGGCCUGGAGGCCUGCUGGAUUACAUCGACAAAGAGAUCAUUCCGGAUUUCCUGAGUGGAGAGUGCAUGUGUGAGGUGCCGGAGGGGGGCCUGGUGCCCAAGUCCCUGUACAGGACCGCGGAGGAGCUGGAGAACGAAGACCUCAAGCUCUGGACCGAAACCAUCUACCAGUCCGCCAGCGUCUUCAAAGGGGCCCCGCACGAGAUUCUCAUUCAGAUCGUGGACGCCUCAUCAGUGAUCACGUGGGAUUUUGAUGUGUGCAAAGGGGACAUUGUCUUUAACAUCUAUCACUCCAAGCGGUCGCCACAGCCACCCAAGAAGGACUCCCUGGGGGCGCACAGCAUCACUUCCCCAGGAGGGAAUAACGUACAGCUGAUAGACAGAGUCUGGCAGCUGGGCCGGGACUACAGCAUGGUGGAGUCACCCCUGAUCUGCAAAGAAGGGGAGAGCGUGCAGGGCUCCCACGUGACUCGGUGGCCAGGCUUCUACAUCCUGCAGUGGAAGUUCCACAGCACGCCGGCCUGCGCUGCCACCAGCCUGCCCCGCGUGGACGACGUGCUGGCCUCCCUGCAGGUCUCCUCCCACAAGUGCAAAGUCAUGUACUACACCGAGGUGAUCGGCUCCGAGGACUUCAGAGGCUCCAUGACCAGCCUGGAGUCCAGCCACAGCGGGUUCUCGCAGCUCAGUGCCGCCACCACCUCGUCCAGCCAGUCCCACUCCAGCUCCAUGAUCUCCAGGUAGUGCCCAGUGCGCGGAGGGGACGGCCCACCACCUCGGACCGCCGCCCGCCCGCCCGAGAGCGGCCGCGUUGUGUGAACUGCUCUGGCCCUCUAGGUAGCAGAUAGCUCUGCAGAUGGUAAACGUAGUCACUGACCCCGAAGCUGUCUCGACAGGUAGUUGUAACUCUCACUCAAUAGCCAUAGAUUUUGUAUACAGUGUGCACAAAAUCCAAUCAGAGCACAAGGGCUCUCUUCAGAGAAAAGUAGUUUAUAUACCAAUUAAGAGGUUGACUUUGUCUCAAAGUGGAUGCAAAAAAAAGCGAUUCCAGCCACCUCCUCACUGUCCCUUAGUGGAUGAAGUCCCUCCACCACCCAUCCGAGGUGACCCGCCUUCCUCCGAGGUGACCCGCCUUCCUCCGUGGAGCAGAAGCUGCCAACUGGUCCCCCGCCCGCAGCUGGCCCCCACCUCCUCCCUGCCGGUGGUCGAUGCACUCCCUCCGAGGGCGGUGACCGCCCUCCGGGUUCCUGUUCCUCUGAGUAGUCGCCGCCUAACUGGAAGGACUCAGACCCAGCUCUGGGACCAAACAGACCCGCUGUUGUAAAGUGGGUGCUGGGGGCUGGGGCUCUCGGGGACCUCCCAUGACGCCAGGAAGAACACCACCAUCAUUAAACAUUAUUUUCUCUCUCCUCCCUUCAAAUCUUUGGUCCUUAGAGCACACACUUUCUCUGCCCGUGAAUGUGGGCCAAGGGCCUCCUCUUCCUCUUCCUCCUGGUGUGCCGCUCUCCUUCCUGCAUGGGUCACUUCUGAGCUCCUCCACUUGCCUCCCUGGGCCCCUCACAGCCGGGUAGCGUCAGCACCCGGGUGGUCCUUCCUGUCACUGGAGGUGUUUCAGGGGCAGCGAGGCCCACUUGCCGUUUUGAAACGGUCCCACGUUCGCUGUAGCUGACCAGCGUUCUCACCACAUGGCUGUGCCAGGACCGCCUGUGGCCUGAGGAGCCCGGCUUCUUUGUGAAAGGAAGCUGUGGAUGUGUGUGCACACAAGCUUGUGUCCAGGGGUGGGUGUGUGGCAGCAGGGAAUGGGAUGAGUAGAAACUUGGCUCAAGUAAGAGAGGAUUCGAUGUCCUUGAAGCAGAUCAGAUUAUGAAGUUGGUUUGCUUUUGAUUUUUUCUUUAUGGUUCUGAUCGCCAAGCCUGGUCUACCUUUUUUAUUGGCCCAUCAUUUUCUCAUCUUUUUAUGGGAAAAGCAGGUUUUCUGUGAGUCUGUCCAGUUGCUGCUUUGGGUCAGUCCCCACGAUGAAUGAAGGCGUGUCACGUGGUGGUGUGUGUGGCAGAGGCUGUGCUUUUUAAGAAUCUGGGCCAGGAGCCAGGCGCCAUCUUCAGCGUGAAGAAAUCCGGGCCUCAGAGUGGCAUUGUUACGAAUCUGCCCUGGAGGCAUUGGGUGGAUUGCUGUGUGGACCCGGCGUGCCGGGGGGCGGGGUCAGGAGGGCUGGGAGGGGCGGAGCCGCGCUCCGCUGGCCGCGGCUCUCCAGUAGGUGCCCCAGUGGGUGCCGCGCGCUGAGACUCUCCGCCGCUCCCAGGGCCGUGGGCCUGUGUGGAGCACAGCCGAGCCUUGGCACCUAGAGGCUUGUUUCCAGAAAGCACAGGAGGGCUAGUUAGUGGAUCCACGCUGCUUGCUGUCGGUGCUUCCUGUUUCCAGAUUCUAAGGACCUGAAGAUGGUCCCCUCUCUCUUUCUCUUUCUCUGUCUCUCUGUGUCUCAGAUGGCGAUUUUGCUGACAGCUGCCAAGAAAACGCUUCACUCGACAGUCCACCUCAGCCCAGGGAUGUUUGUAGAACUAUUUGAAUUGCAGCCACCCCUUCCCCCAGGCUGAAGACCAGUUCUUUUUAAGUUGACUCAGAAGUGGCACUAUUUUAUCCCCAGAGUUGACUGUAACUUUAAGAGUUCAAAGCACAUCCCUGCACACACCUUCCAGGGUUCCCUCCGGAGCGCCCGCCCGCCCGGUCUCCUCGGGAGGGGCUGUGGGGCAGGCGGGCAGGCUCACGCGGCGCCCAGCCCGCCUUCAGCGCCCUGCGCCCUGUUUCAGAUGCUGCUGACAUGCCACCUUUCUCCAGCACUAACGGUCCUUCUGGUUUCCCCUCUGUUACUAGUGUCUUAAUUCACCUUCUUUCCUAAUGUCAUUAUUUACGUAUCAAAUUCUGUAAAUGUUUUGUAAACAUAUUACCUCACUCUUGGUAAUACAAUACUGAUAGUCUUUAAAAGAUUUUUUUAUUAUUAUCAAUAAUAAAUGUGAACUGUU